UUUUUAUAAUUUAUGUUUACUGCUUCUGAGAAUUGGGACUGUUCUUCUAAGGCGGCGUUUACCUGAAAUGUCUUCGGGCGCCAGCCGUGCCUAAAAAAUAGUCACGCACACAUCUCUUUAGUGCAAUUGUUUUGAUAUCUGUUUGGGAAGGAUAAAAAGGGAGUGUUUCGUCUCUACCUGGAAUUCAUAGCGUGCUGCACCUGCGCAGGUCCUUGGCUUCAUUCGCGCCUUGGACUUAGAGGACUAAGCAUCAUUAGUAGGGAACUGAUGCAAUUUCUAGCUCGGAUUUACAUAUAAAGGGAAAACCAGGUGUUCCAACCCACCUUUUGAAAUCAGUCUUCAGUCUCACAGGGAUCCUCAAGCUCCAAGGACUUUACAGGAUCCCGCGAUAUAUGUACAUACCUAGACUAUUUGAUUUCAUCGCUAAACUGGGAUUUAUAUGCAUAACUAACAAUCGCUUAUCAAUAAUUGAAGUGUCUGCGAUGCAUUCGUAUUAAACUGCACACUUCCGCCUUUACGAACCUCUCGAUAACGAUUUAUGAUGCAAAAGUGCAGCGAACUGGGAACUAUGGCCUGGCAGCACUUCGUUCGCUUUGGUCAGAACAACCUGAAGGUGAAGAAGGGCCCAGACGGUCACUACUUGGAGAGCAGAUGCCGCGAGGAGCUGCAGAAGUCGCUACCUGCAGAGUCGUUCGAGGAACUUAUGGCCUGGGUGGCGAAGUGGUUGAAACGCCUGGACGAGAAGAACGCUAUGGUGCGCCCGCAAGAGGUAUCACCACAGGACACUCGAGAUAAGGUUUCCGAUAAGGAUCUGCCUGCGGAGAAGGAAGGCAACAAGAAAACACCCGCUGAUCCUGCAGUUGUGGACCUUUGCAGCGAUGGAGAAGAUGUGGAGUCCGUCGGUCCCUUUCCUGAUAAGGAAACCUUGGACUCCGAAUCGGUCAUUUCCAGUUCCUCAUUGGUAAUCCUAGACGACGAGCUGGGUGAGAUGAACUUGAAGGACUAUGCGGAUCACGUCGAUGGAAAACUGGAUGAGGCCUCUUUGAGAAAGCGGAAUCGCAGGGAGGAGCCCAAUACACCUUCUAAGGCCAAAAAGCAGACCUUGAUGAAGGCGUUCCUCACUCCCAACGGGAAGAAGAUCGAAAAGAGUCCGCCUCCUUCCUUUCGACGUUCUUUGAAAACUUAUGUCAAAAGACCAAAGAUGCCUGCCAGUGGAGAGGCAAUGGAUUUGGCAGACACCAAUGAAAAGCGAAGCUCUCUGAUACUUCGCGAACUAAACGUCGAAGGCGGAAACAACUUGAAUAGCUCCUCUAAGGAAGAAUCAAUACCCGAAGUAAUAACUAUCACGGAUGAUAAUCCGAGCCAAGAAGAUUCGGCGAACAAAGAAGCAAAACGUGAACUCCUAAAUGAAAAAGCUAAACCAAAGAUUCUGGCACAUUACGAUGCGAAUGAAAAACCCCCCAGAGAUGAAGACCCAAACCAAAAUGCCAUCAAAAAUGAGAAACUAAAGCCCAAUGACUUAAUUGUCAAAGAAACCCCACCCUGUGAUUCCUAUAUAUCCAAAGAAAUUAAAUCAAAAUCAGAAUCUGAUGUUUCAAAAGAGGCAAUAAAGUGCGAAACAGAAGUGCCUUUGGACACAAGUGGAGAGGCCAAAGAAAAUAGUGAGCCAGGUACAAAUAAGGAAGGGCCAAACCCUACUAUUACGAAGGACGACUCCCUUAAAAAUGAAGUCAUGCCCGUACUGACGGGCUUGCUAUCAGCUGAUACCCAGGCACAUCAAGAACUAACUCACGAUUCCAGUAUAGAUCCAGAAGAACAACCCGAUCCGCUGUUAAAUCAAAGGGCAGAACCUAAUACCAUACGGAUUCGCAGUGAUCUCGUUUCCUGUCCAAUGGAUACCAUUCGGGUUCGCACCGAUCUGUUGCAGGAGCACGUGGAUCGGGUACAACCAGAGGACACUCUCAAUCAGUUACGGGGUCAUGUUGACCGGAUCACACCAGCUCAACGUUCUAAUCCGCCGGGAGCUGCUGAAAAGCGAAGGUUGCCGCCAGAAACACCUGGAAAUCAAUGUGAUUCGACAUCGACCAGCUUACACGGACAGCCGAAAAGGCCAGCCCUGGAUAACUAUAAUCCUGCACCAGUAAGCACCUCCAGAUAUCCCCAUCCACAGAAAAUUGCGUUGCCUGCACCACCGGUUAAUACCUCCAGAUACCGGCUAAUUGCGCCUGCGCCAGCGAUUGCUUCAUCAGUUGUCAGUGGGAGAUAUCCACCAGGAGCCACUGGAGCCACAAGCAGCAGCUUCAGUUAUCUGUCUCCAGUUUUCCCUUCCAGUUAUCAACCAGAGAUUCCGCCUGAGCCCCACACCAUAAGCAGUUACCAAUCAAAUGGGAUUAACAUGCGAGUUUACAGCGCGGAAAAACCAGCACCCCUCGCUGUGAAUGCUCCAGCUAAUAACAACACCAGUUAUCCAGUGGCUCAGGGGUCCAGUACCAACUCUAGCUACCCACAGGAAAUCCCCGUGUCUGCUGGAAAUAUUCCCAACAAAAGUUAUCCAUCAUUUAUGCCUGUGGCCCCUGGAUCAGCUAACUCAGUAUGGUACCCGCCACCGAUAUAUCCGUCAUCCAAUCCUGUUGAAUCUCCACCAGCAACCACGAGUAAUCAAACAUUUCACCCAGCUGCUGCGACCACUUCCUCCUGUUAUCGAGGAAUUAACACUGUAUCUCAUACAAUGCCAACAGCAUCAGUUUAUAUACCAGUAAUAUCAGUGGCUCCAGGAUCAGUGGCUUCAUCCAGAUAUCCUUCAUCUAAUCCUGUGGCUCCUGCACCUGCUGUCUCUUCGAGCUAUCAACCGGUAAUGUCAGCGGCUCCAGGACCAGUGCCGACAUCCAGAUAUCCUUCACAAAAUCCUUUGGCUCCUGCACCAGUUGUAGCUUCAAGCUAUCAACCAGUAAAGUCAGCGGCUCCAGGAUCAGUGCCGACAUCCAGAUAUCCUCCACAUAAUCCUAUGGCUCCUGCAGCAAUUGUCUCUUCAAAUUAUCGACCAGUAAUGUCAGCGGCUCCAGGAUCAUCCAGAUAUCCUCCACCUAAUCCAGUGGCUCCUGCUGCAGUUGUCUCUUCAAGUUAUCAACCAAUAAAGUCAGUGGCUUCGGGAUCAGUGGCUCCAUCCAGAUAUCCUCCCCCUUGUCAAGUGCCUACUGCAGCAGUUGUCACUUCCAUACAUCAAACAAUUAAACCUGUGGCUCCUGCACCAGUAGCAUCCUCCAGCUAUCAACCAAGUAAUCCUGUGGCUCAUGCUCCUCCUCAUUCAUCCAAUAAUCAACUUACAGGAGGCACCACCAGUUUGUCCAACAUCAUGGGCAUGCUAGCCCAGGUGGAGUUCUUUGCCUAUGGUCAAAAGAACCAAGAGGCUUUCCAUCUCGUCAACCAACUGCGCCUAAGCCUCCAGAAAGGAGCGGCAAAUAAUUGCCACGCCCCUAAGCGAAAUGUUUAGAUUUUACCAUUACAUCAUUAUUGCUUAAAAGAGUAUAAUUUUAGAAAACUUACUCGUUACUUUCCUAGUUUAUAGAAUUUGUUAAACAUGCCAUUGUAUUUUGAUAGGCUAUAUCAAAUAAAAAAAAAUAGUUUUACGACAAGUUUUUGUUGUUGUUUAACAUCUUCUGACAGCAUUACAUUGAAGAAUUGUACCACAGAACUUU